CUCGUCCUACGCCCAACUUGUUUUUGACUGGCGACGGACCAAGACGGAUUUAAACCAUACCUCAUCACUUUGUACGUUGUUUUUGUGUUGUGCACGGACGGAAUGAGAGGUGCAAGGUGGACGGAAUUAAUGAUUUUGAAUAAAACAAUUGAAAAUUGUGAAUUUAUAAACAUAAAUGAAACUGGUUAAAUUUUCCCGUUAAUUCUCUUUUCUACGGAAAUGAAAUUGACAAAUGACAUUGUGAUUCCUGACAGAUUAUCACAUAAAAUAAGGUGAUGUGGGUGUCGGUAGACAGCGGCGGUGCGGUGCGCACGGCUCCAUGUGCGCGCGGAAAGCACUCCGCGACCCUACUGGGUGGGUACGUGUACGUACUGGGCGGACGCGGCGCGGGCGGCUCCGUGCCACUCAGGGACUUCUGGAGGUAUUGCCUUGCAACCAGUCGGUGGGAGCGGUUGGAGGCGCGUGGGGAGCCGCCGCCCGCGCUGCAAGAACACACCGCCACCACUCAUGGCAACAAGCUCUACGUAUUCGGUGGUGAGGCCGGUGCGCUCUCCAACGAGACGCCACUUUGGAUAUAUGACACUGAAAUAGAAACAUGGCGUAAGUUACCAGGGCAGUCCAGUUACUCGACGCUGCGUCGUCGCGGAGCGCGGGACGCGCGCGCAGUCACGUGCGGCCCGCGCGGCCGGCGCGGACACUCCGCACACGCACUUAAGGAUUGCCUUCUUAUAUACGGCGGAUACAAAGAUUUACGAGGAUCUACCAAUGAGCUCUGGGCUUUCCACUACGAGUCGGAGUCGUGGCACCAAGUGCGCACGAGCAGCGCGGGCCCGGCGCGGCACCGCCACGCCGCGGCGCUGCACGACAACCGGCUGUACGUGCACGGUGGCCAGUGCGACCUGCGCGACUGCGCUGACCUCUGGCACUACGACACCAUGUCGCGCGUGUGGACGGCGGUGCGCGUGAGCGGCAAGCAGGCGCCCAGCGCGCGCAGCGGACACGCCGGCCUGCGCGCCGGGGCACAUCUCUACAUCUUCGGGGGGGAGGCGCACGGACACCCCACCAACGAGCUCUGGAGGUUCCACUUCGCGACGGAGACCUGGGAGCGUAUCGUGCAGAGCGUGAAGUGGCCGUCGGCGCGCGUGGACGGGCGCGCGCUGCUGGUGGGCGGCGCGGCGGGCCGCGUGCGCAGCGCGCCGCUCGCCCCGCGCGCGCCCCCGCACGCCGCGCCCGCGCCCGCCGGCUUCCUGCGCGAGAUAUCCAAGCUGUCGAGCUUCCACAUCCGGCGCGCCGCUCGCUGCUCCUACACCGUGCUGGCCGGCGAGCGCGACUCCACGGAGAGCUUGCUGCGCACGGAGCGCUCGUCGCUCAGCAAGUCCCGCUCGGCCUACGUCAUCGACGAGCGGCAGCCGGCCGACGGCGGUGAGAGCCCGCGCGAGGAGCGCCUGCGUUGCGAGGUCUCGCGCGACCCCAUCUCGGUGCCGGACUUCGCGGACAUGGUGCUGCCGACGCCGGUGCUGUCGCCGGUCGAGGCGGCCCGUCUCGUGUACUUCGACUCCGAGGAGGAGGAGGACAUGAGGCGGGAGCUGGCCGAGCUCGAGCGCAGUCGGCCGAGGGUCUGCGUGACGAUGUCGAAAUCGGCGUCGGUCCGGUUCACGAGGGAGCCGGCCGCCGACACCGCGCCGGUGACGGAGGACGAGGCCGAGCUCUCGACGUCGGACUAUGCGAGCGCGGAGAGAGUGAACGGCGUCUCUGGGGCGUCGUCGGGUUUCAGCAACCCUCACUAUCUGGGGCCGGAUAUCGGGAAGCUCGGUUCCGCUCUGACCCCAGACUCCGGUGUGGGGCCCGGAGACAUAGAACUGCAGGACCUUGGCGAGAGACGCGCGAGGAGCGUUCCGAGGAAUGGAGAGAGACAGCUGCAUCUUUUGCUGGUAGGGGGCAAGGAGCCGCCACACCUCGCAUUGCUGCAGAGCCCGCUCUCCAUGUGGAGCUACAGACUGCUGUAACCUACUCCCGCGUGUAUUUAGCACAUUGACGUCCACUGUAGGAACUAGAGCAAAAGAGGAGCAUGGCGACAUGGUGGUCGUCUAUCUCAGACGAAGAGAUUUAAUGACGGCAACAUUAUAAGACUUGCGUACCUUAUGAAUAUUUGACAGUUAUUGUAGAUUUUUUAGAAGAUUACGAUUAUGAAAAAAACCGCUAAAAUAGCAGCAGAUGUGAUUAAGAAAUAUCCUAAUGUUCGAAUUCGACAAUCUUCUCAAGCGAUUCUAGUAGUUAGUGCCUAUGCUGAUAGUAUAAACGCUGUACGUUCCAUCGACAUUUUUUUUAUUCUGUAACGAGGUUGAUUAAAGCAAAGGCAAAGAGAAAAUGCCUUUAGUUUUAGAAGCAUUUUUUUCUAUUAUCUAUGUUACUAAUGUCUUUAUGUAUCAAGCGUCUCGUUAGCGUCCAUUAGCACUUAAAUAUCAGGUACAAUAAGGUGCCAAUUGACAAGUAUUGUAGUUAAGAUUAUCUUUAAUGUUUUUACUUAUAAGUGUGUAUUUGUUACAUAAACUAUUACUUUGUUAUUUUCAUUUUUUAUUAGUUAUGUUAUAAAACUAUUACUUUCGUUAUGAAAAUGGAAACAUUAAAUAC